UGGGCCUCUGCGGCGGCGGGAGCGGGCGGGGCGUCCCCGGCGGCAUGGUUCCGCGGUGCCAGGUAGAAGUGUUGUAUUUUGCAAAAAGUGCUGAGAUAACAGGAAUUCGCUCAGAGACCAUUUCUGUGCCACAAGAAAUAAAAGCAUUGCAGCUCUGGAAUGAGAUAGAAACCCGCCAUCCUGGAUUGGCUGAUGUCAGAAAUCAGGUGAUAUUCGCUGUUCGUCAAGAGUAUGUCGAGCUUGGAGAUGAGCUCCUCCUGCUUCAGUCAGGAGACGAAAUUGCCGUUAUCCCCCCCAUUAGUGGAGGGUAGUGCUUUGGAGCCACUUGGCUUAGUUCCAGUGUCGGAAGCAAGCAUUAUCAUUGCUGUGUCUUCAGCUCACAGGGCUGCAUCCCUCGAAGCUGUGAGCUAUGCCAUUGAUACUUUAAAAGCCAAGGUGCCCGUAUGGAAAAAGGAAAUGU